AAAGUAGCUUGGUUUCGCGGCGUGUUUGGGGUCAACGUGCAAUUAACGGUUUUUAAGAGAAUAUGCCGUUGAUGUUCCUCGCAGACAUUCUCAGAUGCCAAGUGGGUCUGAGUGAGAAACAGAGAAAGAUAGAGAUAGAGAUAGAUAGAUAGACGCACCUGUUAAGUUUUCUUCUCUUUGAUUUCUUUCUGUUGCACGCUCUUCUCCUGUGAUCUUUUUUCCAUUUCUCUCUCUCUCGCCAUUCAAGGAUUCUGUUCGUGCAGCUCUCUAUGGUUUUCUGGAGCUCCUAAAGUGAACUUCAUUGCUAGAAAUUUGAUACAUAAUAUUAGAUUUUUUUUAAAAAUUUAAUUGGAAUGGGCUCUAGCAAGCAGUCUGCUCGUAUUCUUGAUACGUUGAAAAUGGAGAGGGUUAGAACUAUUUUAACCCACACUUAUCCAUACCCUCACGAGCAUUCCCGCCAUGCUGUAAUUGCUGUUGUUAUCGGUUGCCUCUUUUUCAUCUCAUCUGACAAUAUACAUACUCUUGUAGAAAAAUUAGACAACAAUGUUAAAUGGUGGUCUAUGUAUGCCUGCUUGUUUGGGUUCUUUUAUUUCUUUUCAUCACCAUUUAUACACAAGACUUUCAAACCGAGCUAUUCAAAUUUCAGUCGAUGGUACAUAGCUUGGAUUUUAGUGGCAGCUGUGUAUCAUCUUCCUAGCUUUCAGUCAAUGGGAGUGGAUAUGAGGAUGAACCUAUCUUUGUUUUUGACCAUAUAUCUCUCUUCCAUCUUGUUUCUUUUUGUCUUCCACAUUAUAUUUCUUGGCCUCUGGUAUAUUGGCUUUGUUUCACGUGUAGCUGGAAAGAGACCAGAGAUCUUGACCAUUCUCCAAAACUGUGCAGUACUUAGCGUGGCCUGCUGUGUAUUUUACAGUCACUGUGGUAACCGUGCCAUGCAAAGAGAGAGAACGCUUUACCAAAAAAAUUCUAACUGGUUUUCUUUCUGGAAGAAAGGGAAUGGGAACACUUGGCUUGCAAAGUUUCUUCGGAUGAAUGAAUUGAAAGACCAGGUUUGCUCAUCUUGGUUUGCUCCAGUUGGUUCUGCGAGUGAUUAUCCUCUCUUGUCAAAAUGGGUUAUUUAUGGCGAGAUAGCUUGCAAUGGAUCGUGUCAUGGUUCAUCAGAUGAAAUUUCUCCCAUUUACUCACUUUGGGCUACAUUUAUUGGGCUUUACAUUGCAAAUUAUGUGGUGGAGAGAUCAACAGGGUGGGCUCUUACUCACCCAUUAUCUGUUAAAGAAUAUGAGAAGUUGAAGAAGAAGCAAAUGAAGCCUGACUUUUUAGACAUGGUUCCUUGGUACUCUGGAACAUCUGCUGAUUUAUUCAAAACUGUUUUUGAUCUCCUCGUAUCAGUGACUGUCUUCGUUGGGCGUUUUGACAUGCGCAUGAUGCAGGCAGCAAUGAGUAGGGUUAGUGAUGGAAAUCAAAACGAUGACCUUCUAUAUGAUCAUUUUAGUGAGAAGGAAGAUUUUUGGUUUGACUUUAUGGCUGAUACUGGUGAUGGUGGGAACUCAUCUUAUGCUGUUGCACGACUACUUGCCAAGCCUUUCAUUCGAACACUGAAAGAUGAUGCUGAGCUUACCUUACCACGUGGAGACUUGCUACUUAUUGGGGGUGAUCUUGCGUAUCCAAAUCCAUCAGCAUUCACAUAUGAAAGGCGUCUUUUUGUUCCUUUUGAGUGUGCUCUUCAACCUCCUCCAUGGUAUAAAGCAGAGCAGAUAGCUGUGAACAAGCCGGAGGUACCCUAUGGAGCUCCAUUGAAACAAUACAAUGGACCUCAGUGUUUUGUUAUUCCUGGAAACCAUGACUGGUUUGAUGGACUCCAGACCUUCAUGAGGUAUAUAUGUCAUAGAAAUUGGUUAGGUGGAUGGCUCAUGCCCCAGAAGAAGAGUUAUUUUGCUUUGCAACUCCCUAAACGGUGGUGGGUUUUUGGGCUCGAUCUAGCUCUUCAUGGUGACAUUGAUGUGUACCAAUUCAAGUUCUUUUCAGAAUUGAUAACGGAGAAAGUUCGAGAGGAUGACUCUGUGAUCCUUAUAACUCAUGAACCUAAUUGGAUCACUGACUGGUAUUGGAAUGAUGUUACUGGAAAGAAUAUUUCACAUCUGAUUUGUGAUUAUUUGAAAGGAAGAUGUAAGCUUCGAAUGGCUGGGGACUUGCAUCAUUACAUGCGUCAUUCUCAUGUAAAGUCAAAUGGGCCUGUACAUGUACAUCAUCUUCUCGUUAAUGGUUGUGGUGGAGCAUUUCUACAUCCUACCCAUGUUUUCAGUAAAUUUAACAAGCUUCACGGUGUCACCUACGAGUGCAAAGCUGCAUAUCCUUCAUUUGAAGAUUCAAGCAGGAUUGCAUUGGGAAACAUUCUAAAAUUUCGAAAGAAGAACUGGCAAUUUGAUUUUAUUGGUGGCAUUAUAUAUUUUGUGCUAGUCUUUUCAAUGUUUCCACAAUGUGAGCUGAAUCACAUCCUCCAAGAUGAUACAUUUUCUGGCCACAUAAAGAGUUUCCUUGGUACUGUGUGGAAUGGAUUUAUUUAUAUUCUGCAGCACUCAUGUGUGUCACUAGCGGGAGUUAUACUGUUACUAUUUGCGGCAUAUUCUUUUGUUCCACCCAAAUUGUCACGGAAGAAACGAGCAAUAAUUGGAGUUCUGCAUGUUUCUGCUCACCUUGCUGCGGCACUAAUUCUUAUGUUGCUUCUUGAAAUAGGCGUUGAAAUAUGCAUCCAGCAUGACUUGCUGGCAACUUCAGGGUAUCACACUUUAUAUCAGUGGUAUAGAUCAGUGGAAAGUGAGCACUUCCCCGAUCCAACUGGACUCAGAGCUCGAAUUGAACAAUGGACAUUUGGACUUUAUCCGGCAUGUAUCAAGUAUUUAAUGUCUGCUUUUGAUGUGCCAGAGGUCAUGGCAGUCUCUCGGAGCAAUAUUUGCAAGAACGGAUUAGAAUCUCUUUCCAGGGGGGGUGCUGUAAUAUAUUACGCUUCUGUCUUCCUUUAUUUUUGGGUAUUUUCGACCCCUGUUGUUUCCUUGGUGUUUGGGAGCUACUUAUACAUUUGCAUCAACUGGCUUCACUUACACUUUGAUGAAGCCUUUUCGUCUCUUCGAAUAGCUAAUUAUAAAUCAUUCACUCGAUUUCACAUCAAUUAUGAUGGUGAUCUUGAAGUUUAUACUCUGGCUGUUGAUAAGGUUCCAAAGGAAUGGAAACUUGAUCCGGAAUGGGACGGAGAGGCGAAACAUCCACAAGAGUUGAGUCAUUUUAGAAGGUUUCCGAGCAAAUGGAGGGCAGUCACCGCUCACCAGGAUCCAGUACAUUCGGUCAGAAUUGUUGACCAUUUCGUUAUUCAUCGGACUGAAAACAUUGACUGUGAUACUACUACAUCUAACGGGCCAGUUCAAUAAUAUGAUUUGUUGAUUUGGUUAUCCCAUUUGUAACAUUAUUUAGGAAGCAAUUUGAAGUAAUGAAAGAAAGAAAAGAAUGGUAGUGUCUGCA